AUGUCAGCACCUGAAGAAUCGAACCAAUUUUCGUUUCCCCGCGAGGAGGAGAACGUGCUUGAAUUCUGGCACAAGAUCGAUGCGUUCAAAACCUCUGUAAAGCUCUCCGAGGGCCGCAAGGUAUUCUCGUUCUACGAUGGGCCCCCGUUCUGCACAGGUCUUCCGCAUUACGGCCAUAUGCUGGCUGGAACCAUCAAAGAUGUGGUUACGCGCUUUGCCCACAACACAGGGCAUUACGUCGAGAGGCGCGCUGGCUGGGACUGCCACGGGCUUCCCAUCGAGUUUGAGAUUGAAAAGAGCCUAGGAAUUAAGGGAAAUGCCGAUGUUCUGGCUCUUGGCAUUGACAAAUACAACGAUGAGUGCCGCUCGAUUGUUAUGAGGUAUGCUAGCGAGUGGCGCGAGACCAUCGAGCGCCUGGGACGUUGGAUUGACUUUGACAACGACUACAAGACGCUUGACACGCCGUUCAUGGAGUCGGUGUGGUGGGUGUUCAAGCAGCUUUUUGAAAAGGACCUUGUCUACCGUGGUAUGCGCGUCAUGCCCUACUCGACCGGCCUGAACACCACGCUGUCCAACUUUGAGGCUAAUCUGAACUUCCAGGACGUCAUUGACCCAGCUGUCGUUGUUUCGUUCCCUCUGAAGAACGACCCCGAGGUUAGCCUGCUCGCAUGGACGACUACUCCUUGGACUUUGCCCAGCAACUGCGCGCUCUGCGUCAACCCGGCCUUUGAAUACGUCAAGAUCAAGGACGGCGAGACCGGCAGCAUCUAUAUCCUGCUCGAGAGCUGCUUGGGCAUCCUGUACAAGGACCCCAAGAAGGCCAAGUUUGAAAUUCUCGAGAGAAUCCAGGCCCUGGACCUGGUCGGUCUCGAGUACGAGCCUAUGUAUGACUUCUUUGUGCCCAAGCUGAAAGACAGCGCCUGGCGCGUCAUCGCCGACAGCUAUGUCACUUCUGACAGCGGCACAGGAAUUGUCCACAACGCGCCGGCCUUUGGCGAGGAUGACUACCGUGUCUGCAAAGACAGUAAGAUUAUUAUCCCUGGUGAAUUUGUGCCCAUGCCUGUCAAGGACGACGGCACUUUCGAUGACAGCGUGGGCCAGUUUGCUGGCAUGUACGUCAAGGAUGCCGACAAGGAGGUCGCCCGCGAAAUCAAGCGUCGCAACCGUCUGGUGCGCCAGGGCACUGUGAACCAUAGCUGCGGUUUCUGCUGGCGCUCGAACACGCCGCUGCUGAACCGUGCUGUGCCCUCCUGGUUUAUUCGCGUCGAGGACGCCAAGGAGAAGCUGAUCGCCAACAACGCCCAGACCCGCUGGGUUCCUGAGUUUGUGCAGGAUAAGCGCUUCGGCGCAUGGCUGUCGAAUGCCCGCGACUGGAACUUCUCACGCACUCGCUACUGGGGAACGCCCGUCCCGCUGUGGGUCAGCGAUGACUUUGAGGAGAUGAUCUGCGUCGGCUCGGUCGCCGAGCUCGAGGAGCUGACAGGCGUCACUGGCAUCACCGAUCUGCAUCGCGACAAAAUUGACCACUUGACCAUCCCCUCGCGCCAGGGCAAGGGCAAGCUGCGCCGCAUUGUAGAGGUAUUUGACUGCUGGUUCGAGUCGGGCAGCAUGCCCUACGCGCAGAAGCAUUAUCCGUUUGAGAACAAGGAGCUUUUUGAGCAGACUUUCCCCGCCGACUUUAUCUCCGAGGGCAUUGACCAGACCCGCGGCUGGUUCUAUACGCUGCUCGUCCUGUCCACAUUGCUUUUCGACAAGCCCGCGUGGAAGAACCUUAUUGCUAGUGGCUUGGUGCUUGCUGCUGACGGCAAGAAGAUGAGCAAGAGCCUGAAGAACUACCCCGACCCGAACAUUGUCCUCAAGAAAUAUGGUGCCGAUCCGCUGCGCCUGUACCUGAUCAACUCGCCGGUCGUGCGUGCCGAAACGCUUAAGUUCAAGGAGGAGGGCGUCAAGGACAUUGUGUCGCGCGUCAUUCUGCCCUGGUUCAACUCGUUCCGGUUCUUUGGCACUCUGGUGCAGGUUCUUAAGAAGGAGAACGACAUUGAGUACAUGUUCGAUCCCAGCAGCAUGAGCGAGAACAUCAUGGACCGCUGGAUGCUGGCGUCAGUGCAGAGCCUGAUCAAGUUUGUGCGCGAGGAGAUGUCGGCCUACCGCCUGUACACUGUUGUCCCGCGCCUGCUGGAGAUGAUUGACCAGCUCACCAACUGGUACAUCCGGUUCAACCGCAAGCGCCUGAAGGGCGACAAUGGCGCUGAGGACUCGGUGCACGCGCUGAACACCCUGUAUGAGGUCCUGCUGACCAUGUGCCGCCUGAUGGCGCCGUUCACGCCGUUCAUCACUGAGAGCAUGUACCAGUCACUGAAGGUGUACCUGCCCGAGAACUUCUUUGAGGGCGACUCGCGCUCACUGCACUUUGUACCCUUCCCCGAGGUGCGCGAGGAGUACUUCAAUGACACGAUCGAGCGCGCCAUGUCGCGCAUGCAGUCAGUCAUUGAGCUCGGCCGCGUCAUCCGCGAAAGCAAAAACAUCUCGCUGAAGACGCCGUUGAUGGAGCUUGUCAUUAUGCACUCGAGCGCCGAGUACCUCGAGGACGUGCGCAGCCUGUCGGGCUACAUUACUGAGCAGCUCAACCUGCGCAACCUGGUGCUGACUUCGGACGAGGAGGCUUAUGGCAUCAAGUACCGCGCCGAGGCCGACUUUAAGAAGCUGGGUAUCAAGCUGCGCAAGGACAUGCCACGUGUCAAGAAGGCGCUGCCCGAUGUCCCCUCGGCUGCUAUUAAGGCCGCGCAGACCACCGGCAGCCUGCUGGUUGAUGGCAUUACGCUGGGCGCCGAUGACAUCAACAUUGUGCGCUACUUUGACGCGCUGUCCCUGGUCAGCACCGACAAGAAGUAUGUGGAGGCCACCGACAAGGAUGUUAUCGUGCUGCUCGACACCGAAGUGCACGAGGAGCUAAUGCAGGAGGGUCUGGCGCGCGAGGUGAUGAACCGCGUGCAGCGUCUGCGCAAGAAGGCCGGUCUGCAGCCUGUUGACGACGUCGUCUACUACUACCAGAUUACCGAGGACCCCAACGGCGUGCUGGCCAAUGUGCUCCAGACUCAGGCCAGCUUCCUUCUGCAGAGCCUCAAGCAAGACCUGCUGGAAAUGGCCACUAAGCAGGGCGAGGCCUUGGCCGAGGAGGAGCAGGAGAUCAACGAGUCCAAGUUUGUCCUUGCCUUUGUGCGUGCCUAA